AUGGAAAAUAUUUAUAAUGAUAUGGAAGAGUAUGGCAAAAUAUGCCAACUAUAUCAAGAGAAAAAACAAAAGAAAGAAAAGAAAAAAAAUAAAGACGAUGAUAAUGAAGAAAAUAUUUUAGAUGAAGACAUACUUUGGAUGUAUGAAACAAAAGAAGAAAAAGAAAUAAAGGAACAAGAAGAAUAUUUACUUGGAAAAAAAAUUGAUAUGCAAAAACUAAUGCAAGAUGAUGAAGAAGAAAAAGAUCAAGGAGGAAUAUUAAAUAAAAACAACAACAAUAAUAAUAAUAAUAAUAAAAACAAUAUUGAUAAUUUAAAUAAAAUUCGAGAAGAUCCAUUAACAUUAAUUAAAAAAAUUGAAUUAAAAAAAAAAAAAAUGAUGGAUGAACAAAAAAGAUUAUUAGAAUUACAAGAAUCCAGAGAAAAUCAACAAACAAAAUAUGAUAUAAAUAAAACAAACUCAAGACCAAUAAAAAAAGUUAAAGAUUGUGAAGAGGAAUUAAGAAGGAAAAUAAAUAAACUUAAAGAAAUGAAUAGAGAAAGAGAAAGGAAGAAAAAAAAAAUAUAUAAAGACAGAAAGAAAAAAGAAAGAAGUGAAAAAAAUUAUUCAAAUAGCGAAAUGGAUGAUACUAGUAAUGAGUCGUAUACAAAUAGUGAUACAUAUGAUAAUACAGUAACUAGUACGAAUAUGGAAACGAAUAUGGAAAGGGAAAUAAAAAGAAGACGAAAGGAUGAAAGGGAAAGAGAUAGGGAAAGAGAAAGGGAAAGAGAAAGGGAAAGAGAAAGAGAAAGGGAAAGACGGAGGUAUGUGGAGAGGGAAAAAAGGAGAAUUAUGGAAAGAGAAAGAAGAAGAGCUAUGGAAAGACAAGAAGAAAUGGAAAGAGAGAGAGAGAGAGAGAGAGAACGAGAACGAGAAAGAAAAAGAAGAAAGGAACUAGAAAGAGAGAGAAGAAAAGAAAAAGAAAGGAGAAAAUAUCUUGAUAAAGAAAGAACAAAAAGAUAUAUAAGAAGUAGUAGUUCUAGUAUAUAUAAUGACCGAGAAAGAAAAAAAUAUGAAGAUAGAAAAAGAAAAAAAAAAAAUCAUAUAAGAAGUAUAAGUCAAAGUACAUAUAGUUAUGAUAAAAGAGAAAGAAAAAAAUAUACAGAUAGAGAUAAAAAUAGAGAUAAAGAUAGAGAUAAAAGAAGAUAUACAAAAAGUUCAAGUAUCAGUUAUCUUGAAAAAGAAAAAAAGAAAAAAAAUAAUAAAAAAAAAGAAAGCAAAAAAAGUUUAUCCAAUGACAGUUCACAAAGUGAUAAUAAAACUGUAAAGGAUAAAAAGGAAAAGAAAAAAAAAGAAAGAGAACAAUUUAAACAAAAGGAAAAUUAUGAGAAUUUAAAUACUGCAAGUAAUGAACAUGUAUCAUAUGAAAGUGAUACAUAUGAAAAUAAUAAAAAUGAUAAAGAAGAAAACAGCCAAAGUGAAAAAGAAAUAAACAGCCAAAGUGAUAAAGAAGUAAACAGCCAAAGUGACAAAGAAGUAAACAGCCAAAGCGAUAAUGAUUAA